AUGAGGACGACCUGCUGGAUACUGUUGACUCUAACCCUAGGCGCAAGUCUCAUUCCUGGAGCACACCCUCUUUCAGAGACAGAAGCUUUGAAUGCGUUUAAGAAGAACUUAAGUGAUCCGCAAAACGUGCUCAGCACUUGGAAUGCCAAUCAAGCCAAUCCAUGCAGUUGGUCACACAUCGUCUGCAAUCAAGACAAUCAGGUCACUGGAGUGUUCUUAAUUAACAGCCAGCUUUCUGGACAUCUGGUACCUGAACUUGGAUCGCUUUCGGCUCUCGAGCGGCUGAUUCUUCCUCAGAAUGACAUCUCAGGAACAAUUCCAUCUGAGCUUGGUAACCUGAAGACACUCCAGACUCUCAUAUUAAGUUAUAAUAGAUUGUCGGGCAGCAUUCCUCCUACACUGGGUGAUUUGCAAUCACUUCGUACCUUGGGUCUCGAUAAUAACGAAUUGAGUGGGAAAAUCCCUUCCGAAAUUGCAACCAUUAAAAGCCUCCAAAUUGCGUCUUUUAUCGACAACAAAAAUUUAUGUUGGGAGUUUUCGCCGACACCAAUAUAUAAAGGCAGUUACCCAUUAUGCCAGAAGUAA